CCUCCCAGCCUCUGUUGGCCCAUGAGUAUACCUCCUCCUCCUCACAAACCAGCCUCAUGCCUGGCUCUUGCCUUGUUCAGGUGAGGCCAUUGGUUGACUGAUGAGCAGCAGCAGACGUCCUUCUCCCAUUGAGAAUAUGACUGCUGGGUCAGCCAGGUGAGAACAUGGCAGGGAAACACUCACUCCCAGUGGUCUUUCUGGUUUCUGUUGGUGAGAGGAUGUUGCAAUAAUCCAUAGAUAUUUCAAUAAUUUACAGAUGAAAACAAACACAUUUGUGUUUGGGAAUGGCUAAACAUUGUAUUUGCUGUAAGAGUGCACAAGGCGUAAGCAUCAUCGCAUCACAUAGUCCAGAAGUUUCAGUCAAUGUUCUUUACAAGCAGUUUAUUUCAUGUUAUUAGUCCUUAGAUUUUUAGUGCUAGCACUUCUAAUACAGGAUAGUAUUUCCCCAUUAUUUUAAAUGAUUAUAUCUACUUUCAGCACAAAAUUUCACAGUGGCAUAUGCCAUUCAGGCCUUUGAACAAUAUAUAGCUGUAAAGAAUAAAUGUCCAGAGGAUGAAGCAGGGACAUUGUCUAGAAUUCAUGAGAGCAGUUACGGUAAAAAGUGACCUUUUAAGUUAAGGUUUAACUAAGCUUAAGUUUUUAAAGCCUCAGAAUUUACAUAUCUAUGAAAGCACACUCCUGAUAUGACUAGGACUUGCCGUCAUCUUUAGCUUUAGCUUGAAGGGGAUUGCCUGUGACUGUUGGACAGUUGGACAGGGGAAAAGAGAACAGAUUUUUGUUUUCCGAGGCAAACGGGGCCACGGUUGUGACGCAAGGAGCUGGUUAAUUUAUCACCUUAACUCACAUCACACACACACGUUUCAUGUUCUUGAAUGCUUGUAUCGGCGGAAGUGGCUGCGUAGGAAACAUACACACACACACACCCACACAGCGUUUUUUUAUUCAGUCUGUGAAUAUGCUGCCUCACCACGGAAAAUAUUGUCUUUGCAUGGUAUUAUUGCGUCAUUAAAUGAAGAUAUAAACUUACCAUUAUACCAGUUUAAUAGUCUACAUUAUACCAUUAAAAUAAUAUUUAAUAUGAUUUCCAUAUUAUACUUUACAUUUCCAUACUCUUCAAUUGAAUGGCCCACAGUUAGAAUGUUUAGAAUGGCAUUUUGAAUUUGUAAGCAAAUCUGGAUAUUUAUUGGAAUUCCCCAUAAAUAUCUUGACAAUAAAUCGUUCCAUAUUGCAGAGGCCUAGCUGGACGUGUCAGAAGUAAUGUUUCAUGCAAACCACGUCAGCGAUUUCUCAUCCCUCGCUAAUUUUAGCUGUUGUCAUGAUGCUGUAGUGUGAUGAAUUGGGCGUUUCUAAAUGUGUUCUGCAGUGCCUCUGAAGGGGCUGUAGUAUACACACAAGGCUGGGUCUUAAAUCCUACAAAGGCUGACAUUGCGCUCAUUGGGCAGAGCUGCUAAUAGCUUGCUGCGGAUCAGCACAAUUUCAUAAGGGGGAUUUGGAUAAUGAUCACAUGCUCAUAAGCAGUGUGUACUACGAGCUGAUCCUGCUCGGACUCUUGUGGACGUUCCUAACUCCAGAACCCUGGGCCGUGGUGUUCUCCAUGGCUAGGUUUGGGACCCAUCAGCGUGCUAAGACCGGAGGCAGGUCUGCUGUCUGUCAGGGCGGCCGGGCGCUGUUGACCGUGUGCUGCACUUUAAAUUGCCCAGUAACCUGCUCUGGGAUUAUACUUGACACUGCUAACACGCCCGAAUGGAAAUAUAUGCAUUAAUCUAAAUCCCUAAUCCUAUCAAGUGAAAACCACAACAAGCUGCCGAGUUGUUUUUGGAGGGCGAGGGGCUCAGUGGCUUAGCAUAUGAGAACCCCCCGCACCUCAGCCCAGCAAACAUGUGCCUGUGACGGAAGGCAAAACAUAUCUUAGGUCUUCUUCUUCUUCAGUUGUUCCAGAGUAGCAUCGAAACCCUUGGAAGGAGCUGGCAGAAAGGCUUUGAUCUGCAGACCAGCCUCCAGGCCUGUGGUGUGUUUGUAAGACCUUCUAGAUCUGCUGGUUUGGUUUCAGGGACCACUUGGCCACGUUGUUGUUGGCGGGCAAUUCUUGAAGGAGGCUGCGGGAAGGGGGUAUUCUGAGAAAGAUGCUGGGGUCAGAGCGCGGCGUCGUGGAGGAGUGGCUCUCAGAAUUCAAGACCUUACCAGAAACCCGCAUCCCCAGCUACGCAGGCAGCCUGCACCUGAAGAAGACCCUGGUGCCAGCGCUGUACCGGGUCAUCCAAGACCCCAACAAUGAGCUGCUGGAGCCCGUGUGCCAUCAGCUGUUUGAGCUAUACCGGAGCACCGAGGACCGCCUUCGCCGCUUCACCCUGCAGUUCCUGCCCGAGCUGGUCUGGGUGUACCUGCGCGUCACGGCCAGCAGGGACCGCCAGAGCAACGGCUGCAUCGAGGCCCUCCUGCUGGGAAUGUACAACCUGGAGAUUGUGGACAAAGAUGGCAACAGCAGGCUCCUCUCCUUCACCAUCCCGUCUCUGUCCAAGCCCUCGGUGUACCACGAGCCCUCCAGCCUGGGCCCCAUGGCGCUGACGGAGGGGGCCCUGUGUCAGCAUGACCUGAUCCGGGUGGUGUACAGUGGAGUCCAUCCACAGAGAGAGACCUUCACUGCACAGAACAGGUUCGAGGUGCUGUGUUUCCUCAUGCUCUGCUACAACUCGGCCGUGGUGUACAUGCCCCUGUCCUCCUACCAGUCAGCCUGCCGCAUGACCUCACGGUUGUGUGUGUGUGGGUUCCCACGGCAGCAGCAGAAGUCGUGGAGAGAGCCGUGUAACCGUGUGCUGCUAGACCCGGAGUUCAUGGUUCAGAUGCUGACCGCCGUCUACCACGCAAUAUACAAUGGAGAGUGGGAGCUGGGUCGAGAGGCUCUAGAGGACAUCCUAUACAGAUCCCAGUUAGAGCUCUACUCCCAGCCGCUACUGGUGGGGGACGCCAUGAGGAACUCCCUGCCGGCCAGCGCCCCUGACGAGCCCCGGGCCCGCCAGGUGCUCCAGGUGGAGGUCACGCCCACCGUCAGACGCAUCUCCAUCUCCGCCAUCACCACCGCCUCCAUCCGCCGCCACCGCUGGAAGAGAGAGGACGCUGACGGCAUGAGCGGGGGCGAAGACUCGUUCAACCUCAAUGACCCCGAUGAGGGCUUCUCCUCGGGGGCGUCAAACAGCAGCCAGCCCAGCGCCACCAAGCCGGGCGUGGCCGGGGGCGUGGCCGGGCGCGCCAGCAGCCAGAAGGGCGGGGGGCUGGGCGGCGGUGGCAGCAGCAUCAAGAAGGCGGUGACGGCCCGUCUGUCUCGGGACAAGGAGCGGGAGAGGGAGAGGGAGAGGGAGAGGGAGAGGGAGAGAGAGAGGGAGAAGGAGGUAGAAAAGCAGCAGAAGGAGGUGGAGAAGCAGCAGCAGAAGGAGGUGGAGAAGCAGCAGCAGAAGGAGGUGGAGAAGCAGCAGAAGGAGGCGUUCCAGCGUCAGCUGAGGCGCCAGUCUCCGCCCGCGGGCAUCACGCUGGACACCAUCCAGCUGAGUCCCAUCAAGAAGCACCUGAGCUUCCCGGCCGGCCCUGCCCUGGUCCGCACAGCCAGCACCUCCUCCAGCAAGUCCUUCGACUGCAUGAAGCUCAGCCUGAACGGGGCGGGGCAGGCGGGGGAGGGGCCGUCCGGGGGUGGGGUUGGUGGGGCGAAGGCGGGGGGGUCCCGGCGACACUCCACCAUCAGCCUGAAGGAGGAGCACCUUGUGCGGCCGGAGGAGAACCAGGACCUCCUGGUCGCCGGGGCGCCCCUCACGCCCCAGUCCCGCUCGCCCAGCUUCAACAUGCAGAUCAUAUCCCAGGUGUAACACACACACACACACACACACACACACACACACACACACACACACACACACACACACACACACACACACACACACUCUGAGCUACCUGGUCCUGUCGCUUGAGGAAUCGAACUGUGUGUUUAAGAGGUGUGUUGGAGAGAGUCUGUCUAUGUGUGGAUGUUUCUGUGUGUGGUUCUGUUUAUAUAUUUGGGUGUGCCUGGAUUGUGUAUUUCUGUUUGCUGACAGAAGACAUGCCCAUCCCCAGGUGAAAGGGUGAACGUUGCCCAUGGACACUGGUCAGUCUCCAACUGAAAACCAUUCCUCAUCUUCCUGCCGUCUGACUGGACGGCUCGCGGGGGUCAUGGAGGGAGAGACACACACACACACACACCAGUCCAACAUGUCCGUCAUUAUCCUCGUCGUGGGCGUGUGUAUCACUGGUUUCUUCCCAUUGUUCCGACUGGGGGGACAGGAGGCAGGGGUCAUCAUUCAGAUACAGAGAGGAGGAGGAGCAAGCUGGAUGAUUCUGCUCUUGGUGUCCGAAUUUUAAACGUUGCGGACUGAAUCGGUGUUGGCCCAAAAGAUUCAGCAAUAAGGUGUGUGUGGACGUGUGCUCGUUCUCUCCUCCUACUCGCUCAUUCCUGGACUCAAGUGCAAUCUGUCCCUGUGACAUCUUCUUUAAAGUCUUCUGAUUUUAUGGGUGAUUAUACGUUUCAUUUUCUUUUACCAGUGGCAUAACCCCAGACAGAUGUCAUGUGGGAAUUGAAACGAUUAGGUCAAAUAACUGAAAUCCAAAGAACAUAGUUCUGGUUGUUUCCUGUUUUUGUUUCAAAUUAUAACUUUCAUUUGUGUAGAGAAACGACAGAAGCUUUUUUUGCUUUUAAGCAUAAAUGUUUUCUACUUAUUUGAUUUUUUGCUGUUAGGAUGUGAGGUCCUGGUCCGAACAGAUCUACACAUGUAUCUCUCUAGCUAUUCUAAGGGAGACUGAGUUCCCUUUACUUUAUUUCAAGGGGCAAAUUUAUCAUUUGCUGUAAUAAAAUGCCUUGGUGGUUCAGGGUAGAAGUAUACCGCCCCCUGCUGGCUCUGAACACUGGGUUCAGGGUGGCAGUAUACCGACCCUGGUGGCUCUUAACAGUGGGUUCAGGGUGGCUCUGAAAAUUGAGUUCAGGGUUGCAGUAUACCGCCCCCUGGUGGCUCUGAACAGUGGGUUCACUCCAACGUCCAUCCAGUGUUUUGUGCGCCCUGAUUGGAUGCUCAUUGUUUUUGUUCUACCUCAUCGUGCAACACAUCACCUGCCACUCAGAUCAGUGCUGUUCUGUCUGAGGUGGGACAUGAGUUCAGAUUAAUCCACCAUUAAACAGCCCCUUUAUAGAGUAAACUGUAAUGACGAUGUUCAAUAGGUUUGUUGAAAAAUUCAGUUCAUUUAUUUUGUGCCUAGAGUUUUAAGUCUGUUUGGAUCCACUUAAAAUACACAAUCUAAUAGCACGUCUGUCCUACUUGCUCUAUCUUCAACUGUCUGCUUAUAGGUGUAGAUUUAAUUUCUAGUUUAAAUUGUGAACGAUUACUAUUUGUUUUUAUUUGGUUAUAAUACAAGUGCAAUUUAUUUAGGUUAAUUUUGGAGCUCGUUGAAAUGCCUCUUCUUGUGCACAGCUUUGUUGUUCUGCUUGAGCGCGGAGCCAGGACGAUGGCUGCUAGAUUGAGACAUGAAGUAGUUUCUCCUGGUCUCCAACAGAUGUGCCAAUUUACUCAUUUACUCCUUAAAUCUUUUCAUUAGCUGUUCCAAUGCGUGACUUAUGAGUUUUGGUUUCUGUGCUGUUAUGUGUCAGUUUAUCUUCUCAAUGUGUGAGGGUCACAAACGUCAUUCACGGUCCUCAGAUCAAUAUUCGAUUCCACCGAUCUGGAGGAAUUGUUUUCGAUGUACAAUUUCCUUUUCUCAAAGCAAUCAUGUUCUCUUGCGGUAGUUUUUAUUUUUGGGUAUUAAGAGGAACCUCAGUGAAUACAAUGCGCUGGGGUCAGAGGUCACGCAGGAUACACUGAUACAAUCCAUGGUCCAGUCCUCUUUAAACAGGCUCAUUCUCUACGUAAACAAAAGUCAGCGGGGAAGAGUUACUGCAGUGAAGGGUCACUGCUGCUGCCACUGGGGUCCAGGGGGACAGUGUGCUCGGUGUGUUCAUACGUUAGGGUGUGUUUAUGCAUUUGUGUGUGUGCGUGUGUUAGUGUGUGUUCUUAUGUUGGGAUGUGUUUGUGUGUGAGGGUGUGUGCGUGCGUGCGUUAGGGUGUGUGUGUGUGUGUGCAUGUGUUAGGGUGUGUUUGUUCGUUAGGGUGUUUGUUUGUUAGGGUGUGUGUUAGGGUGUGUGCAUGUGUUGGGCUGUGUUUGUGCGUUAGGGUGUGUGCGUGUGUUAGGGUGUGAUUGUGCAUGCGUUAGGGUGUGAGUGUGCAAGGGUGUGUGCAUGUAUUAGGGGGUGUGCAUUAGGGUGUGUGCAUCCAUCCGGGUGUGGCUGCAUUAGGAUGUGUGCGUGCGUUUUUAUGUCUGUCUGCGUACGUUAAGGCUGCGUGCGUUAGAGUGUGGGUGUGCGUGCAUGCGUUAGUUUGUAAGUGUGUGUGCUUGAGACACAAAGGCACGUGCUCCUCCUUUAGAGAGUGAGAGAAUAGGAGGGAGAGAGCGAUCAAAUAAUACCCUACAUAGCAACAUGCUGUGGUACACAAACACCUGCAUCCUCAGUGUGUUCACGUGCUCCCCCCCCCCCCCCGUUCCUGCUGUAUUCUGCUGUAAUCUGCUGUAUUCUGCUGUGUUGUACCCCCUGGUCACCUGUCGUCCCCCCCCUGCUCAAUACUGUGGUCCAAGACCAGGACGCAACACAUCAUGGCGGACCAGGCCAGAGGCAGGGUUCCUAGGUGUUUGCUUGUGUUGCCCGCCUGACGCUGGUCGGACGGGGGGGUUUACCGUCCUGCAUGUGUUUCUUCAAACGUGUGCUUUUGUUUCGCUAUUUGGUAUAAUGCACUUUAAUCCACCGUUCAUCCACCUCCUCUGUCCCUCUGAUCCAUGUGAUUAAUAUAUAGAUGUGCAGACACCCUCCAUGCAGGGCUCAGUCUGAGUAGUACUUCAACACUGCUUUUAUUUUCUUUAACAAAGUUUAUAUAAAGGUUUAGGGUACAGGUGUAUAUUUUUCUUUCAAAUGUUAAAGAUAUUUAGAGAUAUAUAGAUACCAUACAUAUAUAUAUACGUGUGUGUGUGUGUGUGUGUGUGUGUGUAUAUAUAUCUAUAUAGUUCUAUAUAUAGAUAUAUUUAUAUAUGUGUAAUGAUAUAUAUAUAUAUAUGUAUGUAGAUAUGUAUGUGUAUAUAUGUACAUAUAUGUGUAUAUAUAUGUGUAUAGAUAUAGAUAUACAUAGAUAUAUAUGUAUUCAUAUAUAAGUGAGGGUCAGUAAGGUCUCAGGAUUUCACCGUUUAUUGAAGCUAUACAUGAACCACGUCGGCACCAAUCAGAUCUAUUUUUGGGGGGGUGGGUUUCUGCUGGGCUCCCAGUGAUUCUAUGCAACACUCACUUGUUCUGCCAGGUUCGUUCAGCGUGGGAGAUGAACCGCAGGAAGAAGCUCUCCCCCUCUCCUGCUCGUUAGUUUUCUCACUUUAUCCAGUGCACUCUGUCCUUUGUAGCUCCCCAAUCCCACGGUGGAGCCUCUCCACCCCCGGUGUGAUGUUUGUGUGUCAUUCUGUACAACCAUCCUGCAUGUGGCUGUAAUUAGAAGACGCCACCACUAGGGAGCGUCGUUUGAAACGGGCCUCGGUGGUGAGUGACGGGAGGGGGAGGGGGGAGGGGGGAGGGUGAGAGGGUAACACAGGUCCAUGUCGGUCACUCUGAUAUCAGAGACUUGAUGGAAUGAGAAAAAAAAUUGUUUAUUAAAAGAUGAGUAGAGCACCAUGUACUGUUGUCUGUUGUAUAAAUAGAAAGAAUGACAUAUUUUAAAUCUUGUAAAUAACAAAUGUACAAAAGAGAUUAAAAUCGAAAGGUAUAAAAAAAC